AUGAUCUCCGCCGCAGUCCUGGUCUCCCUGCUUCUGACCACCAUCCAGCCCGGGGCUUACGCCCAGUGGCAAUGUGGCGGAUCAACGUACACGCCAGGCUCGGUGAACUUCACCGAAGAGUGCUACCAGGCUGCUCAGGAUUGCGUCGCGCAAUUCGGCGCUAAUGCCAGCCUGGUCAACUGUCAAGACGCCGCAGGCAAUCUGUUCAUGCAGCAGCAAUCCAACCAGGGGAAGAACAACGACUACCUGAUUGCCUACCAGGACAUCCUUGACUUCUGCCUGCUCGAUGGCUUCACGACAGGGACGUGGUACGACGACAGCCAGUGGUACUGGAUGGCCGCUGAACCGGGCUGCUACUCUCCAAACGGCAGCAUUGGCACCACUGGGCCCGGUUUCUGCGUCCAGAACCGCGACGACACCGUCCUCAAUGGUUGCUAUCCCCAGCCCCAGUCUGGUGCAGGCCCCCUGCAGGUAUUGCGAACCGCCCGCACAGCCAACGGGUUUACUUCGUCUGCGCGAGGAUGGAAUUCCUGGGGAAUUCAGGCGCUUGAGAAUCCGAGCACGAUUCCCGGCUGGACGGUAUUCAACCAGACAGCCGUGAAACAGCAAUGCUCAGUGCUGGCUCGCUCGGAUUUCAAGGCAGCAGGCUACGAUCUCUGCAGCCUGGACGCCGGUUGGUCCACGAGCAGCGAAGUCGACGAAUACGGGCGAAUCCUCUACAACAGCACCUUGUUCGACCUCCCCGAGCUGGCAGAUUACCUGCACGGACAAGGCCUCAAGCUGGGUGUGUAUGUGAUCCCGGGCGUGCCCUGCGUUGCGGCAAAUAAGACGAUCGAAGGGACCAACAUUCGCAUCGGGGACGUCCUCAAUGGCAACAACGAUGAACUGUCGUACUGCGACUGGGACUUCUCCAAGGACGGCGUGCAGCAAUGGCACGAUUCACUUAUCAACCUGUGGGCCUCCUGGGGCGUGGACAUGAUCAAGCUGGACUUUGUCACGCCAGGCAGUCCGCAAAACGGCGCGAAUCUCGUCUGCAACAACAGCGCCGCAGUGGAGGCGUACCACAAGGCAAUCGCCAAUUCGGGGCGCCAGAUCCGACUGGAUCUGUCGUGGAAACUGUGCCGCAAUGAAACCUACCUGCCGGUCUGGAGCAGUCUGGCGGAUUCGAUCCGAACGGACCAGGACAUCGACAAUUAUGGAUACAACACGUUCGUCGCAUGGCAGGUCGUGCAGCGGGCGAUCGAGAAUUACCGCCAGUAUAUCCUGUUGCAGAAGCAGCGCAACGUGCCCAUCACGCUGUACCCGGACAUGGACAAUCUCUUUGUGGGCAAUGCAGCGAACCUGACGGGGGUCAGCGACGCGCAACGCAUCACCAUCAUGAACCACUGGCUCGGGGCGGCAGCGAAUCUGAUCAUAGGCUCGGAUUUGAACCAGCUCGACGAUCUGGGCACGAAGCUGCUGACGAGCAAUGAGUCCAUCCAGGCUGCCGAUUUCUUUGCGCAGUAUCCGAUGCAACCGCGCAACCCGGGCACGGGCGAUAACGUCCCGCAACAGCUGCAAGCGUGGAUCGCCGGACCGUCCGACAACAACGAAGCGUAUGUCCUCGUCGUCAACUACGGACCGGAUCAGGGGCACGGCGGGUUUGGGACGUCGUUGACUGGCGUCCAGAAUGUGACCGUGUCGCUGGCGGAUCUGGGCAUCGCAGGCAAGAGCUGGGAGUUCUCUGAUGUCUGGAAUGGGAACUCGAGCACGGUGUCGACUUCUUUUACAGCCUAUCUAGAUGAAGGGGAGUCGCAGCUCCUGCAUUUGACCGUGGCACAAUAA